GCUCUUUAUUUCCUAUUUGUUAUAUUUGUAAAGGUUUGUUAAGGUUACUUUUAUCUGCAUAAAGUAGUUCUCAUUCAUUGGAUGUUAGAAAGUGUUGGAGUUUCAAAUCAAUCUCAAAGCGUUUUUAUGGAAGUUUAACAUCGUGAAUCAGCUAAAUCUGUGAUUUUUGGUUUCAGUUCUUCUAAAAUAGUCUCUAAUUUUUGUGACAUCAUUAGUCUUGUGUGCAAAACUUUGCACUAGUAGGGAAUUUACAAAAGUGGAUUGAAGUGUGCUCUUCUUUUCUCUGCAGCUGUAAAUGUUUUUCUCUGCCAUUCUAAAGGAAAGGCAGGGGAUCCGCAGAGCUCCUUUACCUGAAAAGAGGCACAGCCCCUCUACAUCUUGCUGAUCUUUCAUCAGAAACGUGGAGGACAUUAAAAGGAAUACUUGGGGUUUGAUCUAAAAGUAUAUAUAUAUAUAUCUUGGGACAUCUUCGGUUUGGCUCUUAAGGCAGAGAGUGAUUAGUAAAACAGGAUGCCUGGUUCCAGUGACAUCAACGUUGAGGGCUCCUGCGAGGCCCUCUGUCGAACUCUGGUUUCUCAGAAGGGUCUACAGAAAGAGACAGCAGACAUCUCCCAGUCUGUCCUCUAUACGUCCCUGAUGGGUCUGCUGCUGGUAGCCGACAAUGAGAAAGAACCGCUUGCUGUAGGAAGUGGGAGAGUUGGCCUUAGAAACAUUGGGAAUACAUGCUUCCUGAACGCGGUGGUCCAGUGUUUGUCUCACACUCGAAUACUGCGCAACUAUUGCCUUCUACAGUCUUACAAGCAUGAGAAGUUCUCUAAAGAAGAGGCAAAGCUCAUGGACACUUUCUCUCAGGUGCUCACAGGCCUUUGGGAUGUUAGGGAAGGAGAUGCUGCUGUGAAUCCUCGACAGUUUUACAGUGUUUUUAAAGAAGCAGUGCCUUAUUUCAGUGGUUACAGUCAGCAGGACGCUCAGGAGUUUCUCAGGUUCCUGCUGGACAAGCUGCACACUGAAAUCAAUCGCAGGCCUUAUGUUAAAAGAACAGGGAAGGAGUCUGACCAAAAAUAUGUCCGAUUUAGAAUUUCAGAAGAGGCAAAUGCUAUGUGGAAGAGGCACUUGGAGAGAGAUGACAGUAUAAUAGUAGACAUUUUCUCAGGCCAGCUGCGGAGUUCGCUGCACUGCUCGGUUUGCUCGCACUACUCCAAUACGUUUGAUGUGUUCUGUGAUCUGUCCCUGCCCAUCCCCAAGAGGAGCUCCAGAGGGGAGGUCACUCUGCAGGAGUGCCUGGACCUCUUCUCUCAGGAGGAGAAACUAGACAAGGAAAACUCACCAAUGUGUGACAGAUGUAACCGGCGUACAGAGUGCACCAAACGGCUUUCCAUCCAGAGGUUUCCUCAGGUUAUUGUAAUCCAUCUGAACCGUUUUACCACAUCCAGAUGGUCUAUCAGUAAAAGCACAGUUUAUGUCUCCUUUCCGCUCAAAAACCUGGACCUCGGACCUUACGGACCUGUUGACUGUGGCUCAGUUUUGUAUGAUUUAUAUGCAAUUUGUAACCAUGCUGGGACUGUGAACAUGGGCCACUACACAGCCUGCUGUUUGGAUGAAAAUGGAUGGUGCUUCUACAAUGACUCCAGUGUAACCCAAUUGACAGAAAACCAGCUUCAGACGAGUCAGGCUUAUGUCCUGUUCUACCAGCGCAGCACCAGCACUGCUGCUCACAGGAAAUAGUCCGAAGAAGCAGCCAAUCAGAGCCAACUUACCUCUGGUGACCAUAGAAACCUGCAGCUGCAGUUUUAUUACCAAUGACAUCAGCCGCAAAAAACAACAGACAGAAGACAUGCUGGUUUUAUCAGGGAUGUAACGUUGGGCCUUGUCCAGCUGUUGCCAUGACAGUCUCCACAUGGUUGAUCUCAGGCCGGAUUGAGAGCAUAAUAGAUAUUAUGCACUUCUAUAUGAGGAAAAGCACUUACUGAGUAAUUAUAUGUAUGAUGUAUAUACUGUAUAUUUGUACAGAAGUAUCAGUCAUGCUUGCCUAUAUGAGCCCAAACUAUAUAAUAAUUAAAA